AUGAAGAAAUGUCAUCACAAUCACACUGUGAAACUUAUCUGGGGCCCUCCUGGGACUGGCAAAACUAAGACAGUUGCAUCCAUGCUCUUUGCACUGCUGAAACUAGAAACCAGAACAUUAACAUGUGCUCCCACCAAUACUGCUGUGUUGGAAGUGGCAGCUCGCUUGCAUAUUCUUUUUGGGAAUAAUUCUCGAAUGAAAGUUGAUGAUUAUAAGGGCCUUGCUGAUAUCUUUCUUGAUUAUCGUGUUGAUAAGCUUGAGAAGUGUCUUGAUCCACUGACCGGUUGGAAGCGUCACUUGGAAUCAAUGAUUAGUUUGCUUGAGAACCCACACAAGCAGUACCUUUUAUCUAUGCUUGAUGGGAAGUUUGACGAGGUUAAUGAUCUCAUGUCAUUAGAAGAAUUUACUGAGGAAAUUAACGAUCUCAUAUCAUUAGAAGAAUUUACUGAGGAGAAGGCAUAUCUCUCAUACAAGCAGCUUGAGGAUAAAGAUCAUCAUAUGACAAUAGAGGAAUUUGUCAAGACAUUAUGCUCACAGUUACCAACUUCCCUUGUUCCAUUUUUGGUGGCAGAGGACAUGUGUAGAGCUCUUGAUUUGCUGCGAAACCUGAAAAGUUCUUUGCAUCGAAACGAGUUCAUAGAAGUUCCCACAAACAAUGCAGAGGAAAAAAGAAGUAAUGUCAUUCAACAAGAACUUCCAAAUGAGAAAAGGAAGAGAUGGGGUUUAUCUACCACCUGCGAUGAGAUAAGUAAAGGAUUUCUCGAGCCCGUCCAGCAUUUGCUUAUGCCUGCAGAAACACAUAUGCCAGUAAAAGAUGUUACCUUUAGCUUUGGAAGGCUAAGCUUGGAAAGAGAUAAGUGCCUUAGGAUUCUUAGGUUACUUUCUUGGUCAAUUUCUCUUUCACAACUUAAAAACCGUCGUGAAAUAAUAGACUUUUGCUUGAAGAAGGCAUGCCUGAUUUUCUGCACAGCAUCAGGUUCUUCCAAAUUGUUCACUAAAGAAAUGACACCAAUGCCUUUUGUAUUCAUUGAUGAAGCAGCCCAACUCAAAGAGUGUGAGUCAACCAUACCUCUGCAACUUCCAGGUGCAAGACACACUAUUCUCAUAGGUGAUGAGAGGCAACUUCCUGCAAUGGUUAAGAGCAAGAUUUCUAAUGAAGCUGGAUUUGGAAGAAGCAUGUUUGAGAGGCUGGUAUCAUUAGGAUUCGAGAAGCAUCCCCUUAAAGUCUAG